AUGAGGGGAAUCAUACUUGCACUAGUGCUCACCCUCGUAGGUUGCCAGAAGUUUGACAUCGACCCUGGAUUCAGUAGCAAAAAGAGCUACCUGUACAGUUAUGAAGGCUGGGUGUUGAAUGGGCUUCAAGAAAAGAAUUUAGGCAAGUCCGGCAUGCGCCUGAGCUGCAAACCAGAGAUCAGUGGGCUGUCGGAGAACAUCUACCUCCUCAAGAUCCGCUCCCCGCAGCUCGAGGAAUACAAUGGCAUCUGGCCCAGGGACCCGUUCACUCGGUCUUCCAAAAUCACCCAGAUUGUUUCCUCAUGCCUUACCCGGCCCUUCAAGUUUGAAUACAGCAGUGGACGGGUUGGGAACAUUUAUGGCCCAGAAAACUGCCCUGAUAUUUGCAUUAACAUAGUGAGAGGAAUACUGAACAUGAUACAGAUAACCAUUAAAAAGUCACAGAAUGUGUAUGAAUUGCAAGAGGCUGGGAUUGGAGGUGUUUGCCAUACAAGGUAUGUCAUCCAGGAAGACAAGAAGAACAGCCGAGUCUCUGUUACGAAAACUGUAGACCAAAAUAAUUGCCAGGAAAAAGUGGUGAAGAGUCUCGGAAUGGCUUACAUCUAUCCCUGCCCUGUUGAUGCGAUGAAAGAAAGGAUCAUCAAAGGCACUGCGGCUUUCUCCUACAAGCUGAAGCAGUCCGACAGCGGUGCCCUGAUCACAGAGGUGGUGUCUCAGCAGGUGCAUCAGAUCUCACCAUUCAGUGAACCCACCGGUGUCGCCGUCACGGAGGCAAAACAACAACUCACCUUGCUUGAGGUGAGGAGUGAGUGGGGGAGCUCCCCAGACAUCUCCAUGCAGAGCUAUGGAGGCCUUCGCUACCAGUUCCCAGCAGUACUGCCACAGAUGUCAGUGCAGCUCAUCAAGACAAAGAACCCUGAGCAACGGAUAACCGAAACACUGCAACACAUAAUCCUGAAUAAUCAACAAGAUUUCCAUGAUGAUCUUCCAUACCGUUUCCUGGAGCUGGUCCAGCUCUGCCGCACCACAAGCACUGACACCCUCGAAUCCAUCUGGAGACAAUGUUCAGAUAAACCCCGCUACAGGCGAUGGCUGCUUAGCGCAAUUUCUGCGACAGGCACCACAGAAGCACUCAAGUUCCUUAAGAGCAGAAUCCGCAGUGAUGACCUCAGCUACCUCCAGGCUCUUCUAAGUGUUCCCUUUGCUCUCCAUUUAACAAAAGCUGAUGAACACACUGUCUCAAUCGCAGCAGAUUUAGUGACAAGUUCUCGAAUCCAGAAAAAUCCUGUGCUUCAACAACUUGCCAGCUUGGGAUACAGUUCUGUGGUGAACAGAUACUGUUCUCAGACCUCAGCUUGUCCUAAAGAAGCUCUCCAGCCCAUCCAUGACCUGGCAGAUGAAGCAAUCAGCAGGGGCCGUGAGGACAAAAUGAAAUUAGCUCUGAAGUGCAUUGGCAACAUGGGAGAACCAGCCAGCAUCAAGCGCAUCCUGAAGUUCCUGCCCAUAUUUUCAUCCGGUGCUUCUGACCUCCCCAUCCACAUUCAGAUUGAUGCCAUAAUGGCCUUGAGAAAAAUUGCUUGGAAGGACCGCAAAACAGUGCAGGGAUAUCUCAUCCAGAUCCUGGCUGAUGAGUCGCUUUCCCCCGAAGUACGGAUGAUGGCUUGUGCUGUUAUCUUUGAGACAAGGCCUGCCCUCCCCUUAAUAACAACCAUUGCCAACGUGGCCAUGAAGGAGAGCAAUUUGCAAGUGGCCAGUUUUGUGUAUUCCCACAUGAAGGCUUUGUCCAAGAGCAGGUUGCCAUACACAUACAACAUAUCUUCAGCUUGCAAUAUUGCUCUUAAGCUGCUGGCCCCCAAAUUGGACAGGCUGAGCUAUCGCUACAGCAAGGUCAUGCGCAUUGGUGGUUACUUUGAUAACUAUAAAAUUGGUGCUGCUGGAGAUGUCUUUGUUAUGAACAGCCCAGGAACGAUGUUCCCAUCAGCAAUUAUUUCCAAGCUGGUGGCGUAUUCUGCAGGGUCUGUGGCUGAUUUGGUGGAGGCUGGUGUCCGUGUGGAAGGCCUCACAGAUGUCAUAAUGAAACGAAAUAUCCCAUUUGCUGAAUAUUCUACAUACAAAAAGAUAAAGGAGAUUGGAAAAACUCUGCUGGGAUGGAAGGAACUGCCAACAGAAACCCCCUUGAUGUCAGCCUACUUUAAACUCUUGGGCCAAGAGAUGGCCUACGUCAACAUCAACAAGGAAGUCCUCCAGCAGGCUGUGAAGAGCAUUGCGGACCCCGCUGACAGGAGCGCGGUGCUGAAGAGGUUGGCGGCCCAGCUGCGCAGCGGCGUCACGGGGCAGUGGACACAGCCCCUGUGGCUGGGAGAGCUGCGCUACAUCGUGCCCACCUGCACCGGGCUGCCCCUGGAGUACAGCUCCUACAGCACUGCCCUGGCCAGGGCCGCGCUCAGCGUUGAUGGAAAGAUAUCUCCCCCUUUAACUGGAGAUUUCAGACCUUCGCAGUUGCUUGAAUCCACUGUGCAGAUUCGUUCUGACAUAAACCCCAGCUUAUACAUACAGACAUUUGCAACAAUGGGUGUCAACACAGAAUACUUCCAACAAGCUGUGGAAAUUCAAGGCAAGGUCCUGAUAAGAGUGCCAAUGAAGUUUGAUGCCAAGAUAGACAUGAAGCUGAAAAAUAUUAAGAUUGAAACAAGUCCAUGCCAUGAGGAAACUGAGAUAGUGGUUGGAAGACAUAAGGCUUUUGCUGUAUCAAGAAAUUUAGCAGAACUUGGUGUUGAAAAGAGAACCUCAAUUCUCCCAGGAGAUGCUUCAUCAAAUAUUGUGGAAGAACCUUUCAAACCAUCAGACAGAGCUUCCACUGAAGACUUCACAAAGCCAGAAGCUGACAGCUCAUCAAGGAAACAUGCCUUUAGCUCUCCAGAGGAUCUUCACCAUGUCACAGGAAGAAAAACUCACAAAAGAGACAUUUGCAUCAAGCUGCAUCAUCUUGGGUGUCAGCUCUGCUUUUCCAGAAGGUCACGAGAUGCCAGUUUCCUAAAAAACACGUAUUUGCACAGAUUGAUAGGAGAACAUGAAGCUAAAAUAGUCUUGGUCCCAGUUGAAACAGAUGCUGAUAUUGACAAAAUACAGCUGGAGAUUCAGGCAGGAUCCAGAGCAGCUUCCAAAAUAAUUCAUGAAGUAAAGUCGGAGUCUGAGGAAGAGGGUGGAUCAUCUCUGUAUGACGACAUUCGAGCUAAACUGAAGAAGAUUCUAGGCAUUGACAAUGUGUUCAAGGUUGCAAAUAAAACACGACACCAGAAGAAGCAACCUUCAAAGAAAGAAAACACUGUGCUUACAGAGCUUGGGGCAGACCCUGAUGUAAAACAUCCCUCCAGCUCAUCUUCUGCCUCCUCAGCUGUCUCUUCUUCCUCAUCGUCUGCUGUUUCUCCCCAGCCUAAAGAGGCUGGUGAUGAAGAUGGGAAUGAUCAAGAAGAACAAGCAAGAAACAAAGAUGCAAGCAGCAAGAGUAGCAGCAGCAGCAGUGGCAGAAGUAGCAAGAGUAGUAGCAGCAGUAGUAGUGGCAGAAGUAGCAAGAGUAGCAGCAGUAGUAGUGGAAGUAGUAAGAGCAGCAAGAGCAGCAGCAGUAGUGGCAGAAGUAGCAAGAGUAGUGGCAGUAGCAGCAGCAGUAGUAGUAGCAGCAGCAGCAGAAGUAGCAAGAGCAGUAGCAGUAGCAGCAGCAGUGACAGAAGUAGCAAAAGCAGCAGCAGCAGCAGUGACAAAAGUAGCAAGAGCAGCAGCAGCAAGAGCAGCAGCAGCAGCAGUGACAGAAGCAGCAAGAGCAGUAGCAGCAGCAGUAGGAGCAGUAGCAGCAGCAGCAGUAGCAGCAGCAGUAAAAGGAGCAGCAGCAGCAGCAGUAGCAGCAGCAGUAAAAGGAGCAGCAGCAGCAGUAGCAGCAGCAGUAAAAGGAGCAGCAGCAGUAGUAGUAGCAGCAGUAGGAGCAGUAGCAGCAGCAGUAGGAAGUCAUCAAGUCAUCAUAGCCAUGGGCAUCACUCGAGGUAUGUGAAUGGCAGCAGCAGCAGCAGCAGUGAGUCACUGAGCCACCACAGCCAUGGACAUCAUUCAGGACAUCUGGAAGGUGGUAGCAGCAGCAGCAGCAGCAGCGCAUAUUCUAAAAUAUGGAAAGCUCAUGAGAUUUACCAGUACCGCUUUAAAUCAGCACAUCGACAAGAGUUCCCAAAAAGAAAACUCGCAGAUGACCAGAUUAGCAGCUCGCAUUCCUCUGCCAGAUCCAGUCGUGCCUCAUCUCGAGCUUCAUGGCCUAAGUUUUUGGGAGAUGUUAAAGCACCAGUGCUAGCUGUUUUCCUGCAUGGCCUCCGUGAUGGUAAGAAGACAGGAGGCCUCCAGCUCGUGGUGUAUGCUGAUGUUGACUCCAUCAGGCCCCGGAUGCAGGUAUUCGUGUCAAACCUCACAGAUUCAAGCAAGUGGAAGCUCUGUGCUGAUGCUUCAGUCCUCAAUGCUCACAAGGCAGCGGCUUACCUGAAAUGGGGGCGGAAUUGCCAGGACUACAAGGUUUCAUCUGAGCUGGUAACUGGGAAGUUUGCUGCCCACCCUGCUGUACAAGUGAAACUGGAGUGGCCUAAAGUUCCUUCCAGUGUCAGAUCCAUAGCAGAAUGGUUUUACAAGUUUGUCCCUGGGGCUGCAUUUAUGCUGGGAUUCUCUGAAAAAACAGACAAGAAUCCUUCUCGACAAGCCAGGGUGAUCGUGGCUCUAACGUCUCCAAGGACAUGCGAUGUUGUUAUAAAGCUUCCUGAUAUUACCCUCUAUGAAAAAGCCAUGAGGCUUCCCCUGUCACUUCCUGUAGGUCCAAGGACACCAACUUCAGAGCUGCAGCCUCCUAUCUGGAAUGUCUUUGCUGAAGCCCCUUCUGCAGUGCUUCAGAAUUUGAAAGCUCAAUGCUCAGUUUCCUACAACAAGAUCACAACCUUUAAUGAAGUUGGGUUUAACUACACAAUGCCAGCAAACUGCUACCACGUCGUGGCUCAGGACUGCAGCUCUGACCUUAAGUUCCUGGUGAUGAUGAAGAAUGCAGAAGAAGCUGUGAACCUAAAAGCAAUCAACAUCAAGCUUGGCAAUCAUGAAGUCGACAUGCGCCCUGAGAAUGGACGGGUGAAGCUGCUGGUGGAUGGGGCUGAGAGCCCAGCAAAUGUUUCAUUUACAUCUGCUGGUGCUUCUCUGUGGAUCCACAGUGAAAAGAAAGGGCUUGUGCUUCUCGCCCCAUUCUAUGGCAUUGAUAAACUGUACUUUGAUGGAUACACAUUCAGGAUCCAAGUUGCUCUAUGGAUGGCAGGGAAAAUGUGUGGACUGUGUGGAAAAUAUGAUGCAGAAUGUAAGCAGGAAUAUCGGAUGCCCAACGGAUAUGUAGCCAAAGAUGCAGUGAGCUUUGGGCAUUCUUGGAUUUUGGAAGAAAAGCCUUGUAGAGGAGCCUGCAAGCUGCGGCGCUCCUUUGUCAAGCUGGAGAGGACGGUGCAGCUGGCGGGUGUCGAGUCCAAGUGCUACUCCACGGAGCCCGUGCUGCGCUGCGCCAAGGGCUGCUCCCCCACCAGCACUGUCCCCGUCACCGUGGGCUUCCACUGCCUCCCUGCCGAUUCAGCUACCAGCCUGACAGACAAGCAGACAAAGUUUGACCAGAAGUCAGAGGAUAUGCAGGACACUGUUGAUGCACACACAGCAUGUUCUUGUGAGGAUGAAGACUGCAGCACAUGAAGCUGCACAUUUGCAGCAUAGGAGAAAACAAAUACUUUCAUGUUUUUAUUAUGUGGUGUAAAAAAACUUGCCUUAAGGAAUUAUAGAGACACUAAAUUAAGUACUUGAGGAUGUGUAGAACCUUCCCAAGUAAUUUAAAGUAUUAAACGUUAUUAUUGUAGAAACUGUUACGAUUGUCCAUAAAGAUCUGAUUUCAUAAUAAA